CGACAUUUUUAGUGUUAAAAGUUUGUGUGCGUGUACAGUGAAUGGACUGCUAUACAUUAUAUGGGUUACUAAAUCUACGAGGCCACAUUCAAAGUUAGAAAAGUCAAGGCAUAUUGAUGGGGAACCGCAUUAUGGGUCUACGAAACCACAUUCGAAUUUAGGAAAGUCAGGGCAUGAAAGAUGCCAAAAAACAAGACGCUUAAAGUACAAUUGGACUCAAUAUAAUCUUGCAGAUUAUCAUGUAACUCCUUAUGGGGCUUUUGGCAUGGAUGCCGAUCAGGUACAG